GGCGCUCGGCCCCGCCCCAACGCGGCUGAAGCCUCGCAGCCAGAGAGCCGGCACCGCCGCCGCCUGGGCUUGGAACGCAGCGCGAGCGGCCAUGGCCUCCGGCGCCUCAGCUAAGCGGGCGCAGGGCGAGCGGGCGGCGGGACGGCAGCCCCGGCCCCGUCCCCAGCGCUCGGCUGACCGUGUGCCCCCUCGUCUCGUCCCACAGGCCGACACUCGACGGAGGCUGCUGCGCACCGUCAAGAAGGAGGUGAAGCAGAUCAUGGAGGAGGCAGUCACACGGAAGUUCGCCCACGAGGACAGCAGCCACAUCAUCUCCUUCUGUGCGGCUGUAGAGGCCUGCGUCCUGCAUGGGCUGCGGCGGCGGGAGGCUGGCUUUCUGCGCAGCAACAAGAUUGCAGCUCUCUUCAUGAAAGUGGGCAAGAACUUCCCACCGGCCGAAGAGCUGAGCCGCAAGGUGCAGGACCUGGAACAGCAGAUCGAGAGCGUGCGAAACCAGAUUCAGGGCCUCCAGGAGAAUGUGCGGAAGCUGCCGAAGCUGCCCAGCCUGUCCCCACUUGCCAUCAAGCACCUGUGGAUCCGCACUGCUUUGUUUGAGAAGGUUCUGGACAAAAUUGUGCAUUACCUGGUGGAAAACAGCAGUAAAUACUAUGAGAAGGAAGCCCUCCUGAUGGACCCGGUGGAUGGCCCCAUCCUUGCAUCUUUGUUGGUGGGGCCCCGUGCCCUGGAGUACACCAAGAUGAAGACUGCAGAUCACUUCUGGACUGACCCCUCGGCCGACGAGCUUGUCCAGAGGCACCGCAUCCACAGCUCGCACCUGUGGCAGGACUCAGCCACCAAGCGUCCAGCCCUCUGUAUCCAGAAGAGACAUUCAAGUGGCAGCAUGGACGACCGACCAUCCCUUUCUGCCCGUGACUGUGUUGAGUCCCUGCACCAGAACUCCCGGGCCACGCUACUCUAUGGCAAGAACGAUGUUCUGGUUCAGCCGGUCGUCGCGAGAGCAAUGGAAAAUGGUAUGCGUUUUGGACUCUGUCUCUCCUGAUGAAAGACUGCAUAUAUUCAGGAAGAUGGGGCAUUCCUGCUGGCAUCAGUCUAGAGAGCUGUCCUGACUCCAGGUUCCUUGUAAGAAAGAGGCUUGAGGGUAUGGAGAAAAGACAGAUUUCCCAUCCCAGGGGAAAACCUAUGUCCAUGUUUACAGUGUGAGGAAGACAAUGUAUUCACUGUGGUUUUGUGUGUGUGUGUGUGUAUGUGUGUGUGUGUGUUUGUGUAUGCCCACGUGUGUGUUUGAGAGAGACAGAAACUGAGGGACAGGGAAGGAGACAAGGAAACACACUAAGAGAAAGGGACACACACAUUCAUUAGAGAGACAGGGAGAGAGGAGAGACAGCGAGAGAUGUGUCCUUCCCCAGGAGAUAUGCGCCAGUGACACUGCA